CUUGUCAGUAGGUACACCAACAACAACACCAGCAACAGAGUAGCAGCAACCGAGAAAAACGCAUGCAAAGUGGCGUUGCCAGCAGCCGUGAAAAUUAAAAGAAGCUGAAUUGCACCCAGCAUUACGAAUCGCACGGUGUUGUGCUGCCGUGUACGUGUGAUUCUUGUUUUCCGGUGGUGCGUGCGUCUCUCGGAACAGACUGCAGAUACAUUAAUCGAUUUGCGGAGUUUGCUGUACCGUCGAACUACAGUUACAAGGCAACUGUGAUGUGUGUGCAGAAAACCAAGCAUCAGCAAUGGGGUUAAAAAAACGGUUAACAGUGGUUAAAGUGGAGAGUGCGUGCCGACAGUAGCCAAAGGGUUAGCAAAUGAUGGUUCGAUAAUGCAAAAAAUCGUCCUGCAGUGUUUUCCAUAAAGCUGAAGAAAAUCAUCCCCAUUUCCUCGCUGAGUGAGGCCUGAAAUCCGUUAUCCUGUGGUAAGGAUUCUCUACACAGUGUGUAUAUGUGUGUGUGUGUGUGAGUGUGUUUGUGUGCGUACACGUGCGUGCAAGCAACAGUGCGUGAGUUUUUUCGUGACGAGGAGAAAAUCCAUCACACAACCCCGUUUUUUUUCUGACGACGGCAUUGCUAAGUCGAUUGUUCGACGGUAGUGUAUGCGUAGGAAAAGGUGCUGCGAGUGUGUGUGUGCGUUUGUAAAACGCAUCGUCUUGCAGCGUAGCGUUUAUGGUGUGGUUUGUGUGUGUGUGUGCGUGCCCGUUUGGUAGUGUGUGCGUGUGGACCGUUUGACAUGCAACGAAGAGGAAGCCAAGAAGUGGAGAAGCGAAGAAAGUGAAGGCAAAGCAAACGUGAAAGAACGAUGGCAGCAGCAGAAAACGGUCUGGAAGAUUAGAGGAAAAAUUCAAUGAGAAGAAAACGCAAGAGAACCGCAACAAAACGUCUACGGCAACGAUGGUGGCCACACUCGCGAUGCUUUGUGAUGUUUAGCACCAGGCCAGCAUAAACAGGCAUCACGGCGUACACGACAAAUCGCAACAAACAAAACAACAACAAAAAACAUGUAAUUUUGUUUAAUGUAACACACCACCACCAAGAGUGUACCAGGAGGGAAAGGCUUGUCCAUAUUUUCUUGUUCGUCGAAUUUUGUCCGGAAACCUGUUUUUUUUUUUUCAUUCUAAAAAUUGUUCAGGGAAAAACCCCCCCCUCCACCAACCGUUGGCACGUAAGCUGGCACUGUGUCUUUUACAUGAAAAGUGCGUGCAAAAAAAAAAGAAGAUCGUUUUCUUAGUAGGCCAACCUGCUCUCAGAGUGCUGUUGGCUGACGGAAGAAGUUUUGACAUUCAGCAGACGAACCACGCAUACACACGUACGGGUUCAAAAAUCCAACCAAAAAAAAAGGAAAAUUUGAAGUACAGCUGGUGUGCGUGUGUGUAUGUGUGCGUGUGUGGUGAGGAAAAAUCAAAAGCCAGGAAAAGUGUGUUGUAAAAAGUAAAGAAAAAAAAGCGCACACACACACACGCGGUUCGAAUCAGCGAAAGAAAGUGGAGAAAAGCAAGAAGAGUUGGUGCCGAUUCGAGGUUUGCGGAAGCGUGUGCGCAUAGUUUGUCGGUUUCUCUCUGUGUAUGUGUGCGAUUUUAUCCUUUUUGGUGGUGCGUACAUGGUGUGGUGGAUCAGGUUGUUUCCUGGAAAAUCGGUCAACGGUGUGUGUUUUCUUUUUGUGUUUCAUCUUCAGCACACUCUCUUUCUGCUGUGUGUAUUGGGUCGUCUGAUUUUUUGUUUGCCUGCUAAAAGGGCUUUUACAGCUGUAAAAAUCAUAUCAAGUGCUGCUCGGCACAAGGGUAAAUUACCUGUGCCGUAUAGUGUGUGUAGUGUGACCUACGUUCGAUUCUAUUUGUUUCUGUGCUGCUGUGUAUCCUGUCCGCAAACACACACACACGGGUCAUAUUUUUGAAACACCGUGGGAAAUAAAUCAGUGCCGUUGGUGGUAGAAGGAUAUUCGUUCUUAUGGCCCAUUUUCCCACAACACGGGUAUGUGGAAGCGGCGGUUGCUGCGGUGUACUGCAAAACGAAGCAGUAUAACACAAAUCGCCGUCAGAGCGAUAUCUGCAGCGAAAAGUCAAUAGCCAAGAAGCAGCAACACAGCGGGCAGGCUGAAUCAGGAUAGCCAUCCAAUAAAGGACACACAGAUAAAAAGCCGAAGAGAGAGAGAGAGAGAGAUAGGCGAAUGUAAUAGAAGCGGAAGAGCGAAACCUGCCGUGUAAAAAUGAAUGUGAUGUAAAACGAAGAUUUCUCCACAAAAAAAACACGUAAAACCGAAACUCUAGAGUCACUCCAAGAACUUCAGAAAGAAUCAGCAGAACGAGUUGCGCAAUCUACACAACACUAUGACCGUUAAUGCUGGCACCAGUUAUCGUACGUGUCUUUUUCCGGGUAUUAUUUGUGUUGCGUCCGUGCGGUCCGUACAUCCGGUAGCUGGUACAGCGGCAUCCGGUCAACGUUCGGCACCCUCCGAGGAGCAUGUUGGUUGCGAGCAGUCGCCUGUUCGCGCACUGUGAUGUCGUAGAUAUGGACUGUAACGCUGGCAACAGUAACGGUGGCAACGGCAGCAACAGUAACGGUGCUAACGGUGGCGUUAGUAACAUCUUCACCCGCCAGCAUUCAAUAUCGGGCGGUAACGGGUACGCGUUGCUGUUGGCAAACGGUGCAGCAAGCGUUGGUACGUCGAUCGUUCCACCCAACACGAUCACCACCACAUCGCUCCGGUGCGACAAGGUGAACGGAAACGCAACCUCGAUACUGGCAAGCAACAGUAUCGGCGGGGGCAGCAGCAACAACAUUAGUAGCAUCGGUACGGGUGGGCUUGCAACGUUUCAGCCCACGCUGAUUGCACCACCGUCGGCAGCACUCAAAACAUCCUCCCUAACGUCGUCCGCUAUUCUGUUCGGUGGCAGCAGUGGGAAUUUGAGCAGUAUAGCCGGAAAAUCGGGCGGUACACACAAGUGGAUUGGAUCGCUGUGUGAUGGUGCUACCUCGAUCGGGUACAGCAGUGGCAGCAGUGGUAGUAGCAGUAAAUUAAAUCAACAGCUUCACUUCCCACAUCCUCAGCAGCAGCAGCAACAGCAGCAGCAGCAGCAGUUGCAUCUGCUGCAGCAUCAGAAUAAACAUCAUCAUCCACAUCUGUCGCAGCAGCAGCAGGUUCAUUCGCAGCAUCAUCAUCAUCAUAGCUUACCGGUGACCACCAGCGGUAACAGUGGUAGCAACAUGCUCGACAGUCUUACCUUUCGGUUGUGCGAUGUGGACGGUGCGGUAAGCAGCACCAUGUCCAACCCGAACGGUGCGGCCGGUGGCAAUGGUGGAAGCAAUGGUAGCACCACGAAUGGCAGUACCGGCGGUGGCAGCAUCUUGAUGGUGGUACCAUCACAGGCCGGAAGUGGGAAACAGUCACAUUCCUCUGCGAUCAAUACCGGUGGCGGCGAGCGACAUUCGUACGCUGCCCAUGAUCAUCAACACCAGCAAAAGAUGGUAGCUGCCGUUUCGGGCCAGCAUCACCAUCAGCAGCAGCAACAACAUAGUAGCAAUACUAGCAGUAGCAGUAGUAAUAAUAGCGCUGCAAUAGCAGCUGGUAGUGAUGUACCGAUCAACUAUAGCAAAAUGACGCGCAUCAGCAAAAUGGGACUUAGUGCGGAUGCUGCACAUCAGCAUCAGCAUCAUCAUCACCAUCACCAUCAUGACAGUUCGGCGUCGGUAUCGAUAUUACCUACAUCCUCUUCCUCCGCUGUGGUGCAACAGCAGCAAGCCCUCCACAAGCAGCAGCUGCACCAUCUGCGUAGUGCGGUCGGUGGCAGCAGUGGCAAUGUGGCGAAGGGUAACGAUGCUUCCGCGGCUGCCAGUUACUGCAAGGUAACACGCAUCGGUAACAUUACGUUACUCGAUCCGGAAGAUCAAACGAUGCUGCAGUCGCACAUGCUGGGAAACAGUAGCAACAGUAGCACCACGGGUGGUAGUAGCGGCGGUAGCAGCAGCAACAACACGAUGAAGAAAGACGAGGUAAGCCUAACGAAGGUGGCAAAGUUGGGACAUUCGGUCGAUCAGAAGGUGUGCGAUUUGCAGCAACAUUUUCUUCAGCAUCAUCAGCACCAAUUGCAGCAAAUGCAGCAGCAGCAGCAGCAACAGCAGCAGCAGCAAGGAACACAAAAGCAACAUUCUCAGCAUCAGCAGCAACAGCAGCAGCAAAAGGAACAGGGUAAUGGUGGAGAGGAAGUGCGAAUAACGGAGAGCUUAGCACCGUUCGAGGUGUUGCGGUUGUACAUGGACAAGUUGACGCAGUACGAGCAUCACGAGAUCUACAACUAUCCGCGCAUUUACUUCAUUGGUGCGAACGCGAAAAAGCGACGGGGCGCCGGUAAUUCCGACUACGAUAACGAGCAGGGUUCGUACAUUCAUAUCGCUCACGAUCAUAUAGCGUACCGGUACGAGGUGCUGAAGAUCAUCGGCAAGGGCAGUUUCGGGCAGGUGGUGAAGGCGUACGACCAUCGGAACUUUCAGCACGUGGCGCUGAAGAUGAUCCGGAACGAGCAGCGGUUCCAUCGGCAGGCACAGGAGGAGAUACGCAUACUGAAGCACCUGCGGGCGCAGGAUCGGUACAACUCGAUGAACAUCAUCCACAUGUACGAUAGUUUCGUGUUUCGCAACCACAUGUGCAUCACGUUCGAGCUGCUGUACAUCAACCUGUACGAGCUUAUCAAGAAGAACAAGUUCAAAGGGUUCAGCAUGCAGCUGGUGCGCAAGUUUACCCACUCGCUGCUCAAGUGCCUGGACGCGCUGUACAAGAACAAGAUCAUCCACUGUGAUAUGAAGCCGGAGAACAUACUGCUCAAGCAGCAGGGCCGCUCCGGCAUCAAGGUGAUUGAUUUCGGAUCGUCCUGCUUCGAGAACGAGCGCGUCUACACGUACAUCCAGUCGCGGUUCUAUCGCGCGCCGGAAGUAAUUCUCGGCGCCAAGUACGAUAUGGCGAUCGAUAUGUGGUCGCUCGGGUGUAUCGUGGCGGAACUGUACACCGGGUCGGCUUUGCUGCCCGGCGAGGACGAGUACGAUCAGAUGGCGUGCAUUAUCGAGCUGCUCGGGAUGCCACCGCUGAAGCUGCUGCACAAUGCGCGGUGGCCAUCGCGAUACUUCGCGUACGACGGGGACGACCAGUUCCCGCACUACUGCUCGCUAAGCUUCCGCGAGGAUGGCCGGGAAGAAAUACAGGGCAGCUAUAGCAAACGGGGCCGUUACCGUGGUGCGCCCGGGACGCGCGAUCUAGCGAAGGUGCUGAACUACUGUGACGAUCUGUUUCUCGACUUUGUAAAGCACUGCCUACGGUGGGAUCCAAAGCGGCGCAUGACACCGCAGGAAGCGCUCAAUCACAACUGGUUCCACCGGAUGUUGCCCCAGUCGCCGCAGGUCGUGAAGGUGGUUAGCGAUGGAGGGUCCGAAUCGGCGGCCUCCACGACGGUAAGUACCGGCACGACGGCCGGCGGUAGCUCGUCCCAUUCGACGGCCACUUCCAUCAGCAAGCAGCUCAGCUCGUCGAUGGUGAGCGGCGGUGGCGGUGCUGUCGGAAUGGAUACCAAUCCCGGUGGCAGUCUUGCGGCCGCCGGUGCGGUCGGUAUAGGUGGGAUUUCGAUGGGAUCCUAGCAGAAGAAAUCCUUACCAACAUCCGCUUCCGUGGCAAACGCUUCCACCGGAGGUAUGCCGGUGUCGUUGAAGAAGGUUUCAUCGGCCCUAUCGCUACCGGCCGGCAGCGGAUUUACCGGCAUCAGUAAAACAUCUCCAACGACCGUGUCUUCGCUACUGUCAUCCGGUUAUUCCAGCUCGAUGAUAACGCUUGCCGGUUCGCUGCAACAGUCAACGUGUCAGCGACAAGCGACAUCGUUGCAAGCACUACUCGAGGGAAGAAUAUUGGCCACCAGCCGUACGGUAGCAUCGCUAGGGUUAGAUUCUGCCUCAGUCAUCCACGGCAAGAGUGUAUCGAAAGGUGAUAGCGAGCGAAGAAGACAUCAUCAAGCUACCGUGUCCGACCAUCAUCCGUCAACAACGGCACAGCUGGCGGCGCUAGCACUCGGUACGAUGGACAGUAGCAGCAGCAGCAAUCAGCAGCCUCCUGCGUCACAUCAUCACAGUGGUCCCGCUAGCGGUGAUUUUGGUACCAGUUCCAACGUACAACUCACCAACGAGAGCAACGGCAGCAGCAAUACCGUCUCCACAGUUCCAUCAUCGUCGUCUUUCAUAGAGUACAUAGGAUAAAUUAAAUCGCUGACAGCGCACACAAGGGACACACAGCCCUCCGCACUUUUCGCCGAGGGGAAGGAACGCCGUGCGCACCAAUGUUACGAUGUGAAUCAAGCAGCAGUGAGAACAAAAAAGGUUUUGGAUAGGUUCGGAUAUUGGACAUUCGAACAUUUUUGGGGAAUAUAGAUAGGUAAAUUGGAUGUGCAUCAUGAGUCUGAUAAGGAUGGCAAUGUCUAGGCGUUUAGGAGAAUUUCUCGUUAACUCACUCACUAGCAGAUUAUUAGAUAAAAACUGAAAUGUGCAAAACGACCCAACACGGAAGCUUUUCGUGUUACUUUCAUCAGUAAAGUAACGCUUGACUUUUAACAGAGAAUUGAUGGACUUUGUUCGAUUAUAGUAACAAAAACUUGUGCUUUUUUUAAAGUAUGAACCGUACGUAGUUCAUGCAUGGCUAUUUUUAGUUUUUAUCAGUCAUUUUCUCACACGAUAGAACCGGUAUCAAAUCCCAUUCUGAUAGGUCCCCCAUACGAAGGAAAGCUAGAAAUGGCAGACUAAAACCAUCGAGGGAAAAAGGUCAUUUUUUGUAAUUUCUUAGCGGGAAUAAUCAGUCUUACAUGCAAAAGGGAUAAUUCAAGCAAAAGAUGCAAUUACUUAUCGAUCAUUUGUAAAUGAACUGAAACUGUCUAUCAAGGACAUUAACUAAAUCAUCUUAGUGUUUACAAAUCUCGUUUUUUUGGCUCUGCAACCAUUUUUAGGUUUAUUUAGCCGCAUUGUACCCAGACUGUCCAAAUAAUAUUUUUCCGUAAAGCGGUUUAGACAAAUUGAUUUAGAGGAAAGCCGGGUUGUGGUGUCCAAUGCGAAUGAAUCGGCAAAGACAUGUGUUGCAAUUGAUCAUAUCUUGCACGGCAUGGUUUGCGGAAAUGGCAAACGUUACGGGAUGGAUGAGUAUCAGUUGAAUCUUAAGCAUGUUAGAAUAGACGCGAGAGACUGGUUAAAAAUUAAAUCAACCUAUUGUAGCAAAUCGUCGUGUGGUAAUCAGUGAGUGAAGCAUUGUUUGGAGAACGUACGCAAGAAAUAUCGAUAGUGUGUGUUGCUUCGAAGUGCAACAGUCCGCUACAGUGAACCGAUACCAAAAAAAAACCCUAUAAAAGUUGUGACGAUUUUAAACCGAUUGACGAUAUAGUACUGGUGACAUGAAGCACUUUGGGGGGACGAGGAAUAGUGCGCUUUAGUGAUGUGAGAUACAGCUUAAACUGAAAGCUAAGGAUGAGAUAGAAACUAGAUAGAAAGCACCAGCCGGUCAGCGAUAUCAUUUAGAUGUGGUAGAUACGGUUAUUUUUUGGAAGCACAGGUUGUUGUCAAUCAUUGUCCUAGAGAGGUGAAUUAUAUUCGCUGCUUGGUAGCAAAAUUAGACUGAAGAGAAAAAAAGGAGGGUGUAAAGGGUGAAUGUUAUUAGUCGAAUUCCACUACUACGAAUGCUUAUCAUCCUAGCUAGAGCAAACGUGUAGGAAAAUGGUUAGUUUAUUUUAGUCUAAUUCAUUCCUAAUCGCUCCGUGCUGUUUCGCACAACAAACAACUCCGGCGGAAGGGUUUUGUAAGGGUGCAACAUAAACAACUCUACAUGGAAUAUACUUUACAAUCAUCAACCGGCAGAAAAGGUAAAAAAAAGGCAUGAGAGCAUACUGAAGAAAACAUUCACACCCACCCCGUAGGUGGUUAGCUGGUCUCAUUUCUUACUUAGGAUUAACCUCAAAAUGCUCAAAAUAUUAUCAAAAUCAAUCACUAACUACCCCCCCCCCCCAACACAUACACACACGCGCGCACACACACAUGGUUAGGAUAUGUAAGAGGAGCAAACCCCGGUAAAGCGAAACAAACUGCCAAUUAACGUUUAGGAAAAAUGGUAAUAACACAUCUUAAUAUGACACGUAACUUUUGAUGAUUAAUUCCUCCAUUUUCUACCAUUGUACAAAAACGUAAGGUGUGUGUGUGUAUAGGAAGCGCUUAUGCAUGAAACCUGUAAUAUGUACAGGUAAUAACUGCAUUGUGCAAGAAUAUUUAAACACCACGUGUACUAUUAACUUCGUGGUUUGCCAGCAAUAAUAGAUUUCGUAUUGUUUGUGUUAAUAGAACAUUUUUUCAUUUUGCGUGUGCGUGGGUGUGUGCGUGUACGUGUACUGUGCCUCUGUUUGUAAAGCGGUUUUGUUGCUAAAUAAUAAUCAACAGUAUAGUUCAACUUUUCUGGGCAAACCUUGGAUCAUCAAGGCCGGGAUCAUAUUGUUUGCACAUAAUGGUACAAUUAAUAUGUUUUUUGAUAGUCCAGAUGCAAACAGCACAAGGAUGUGUAACCAAAUUUCGUUUGUUUGCUAGUACACAAGCGCAAUAUAAUAUAAUCGCUGCUAAUAACGCUCCAUAACUGAACGCACCGAUAUGAUAAACCGCAUGAAAACACCCCUCCCUGAACUGGUAUGAUAGAUGAUGUGAAAGUUUGAAAUGACAAACGAAAGCAGCAAAAACAAGUAGCGACAAAAGAGCACCCGCAAAGCAUACUGAUCAAAUUAUACUUUUAGCCAGAGCCUAGGCAUCAUAUAAUAAUUCCAGCCGCUUCGUGAGCGAAUGAACGUGUAAAGAAAUAUUGUCUGUAUUGCUGUGAAUGUGAAUAUGUGUGUAUUGUGGUGUGGGAGCGAAAGAUUUUCUAGCGAAACCUAUGAAACUAUGAAAUCAAAAGGACUGCACAUUGUACUGCUAAUAAUAGUUAAUAAUAAUAACGCUCUAGCGGAUAGAUCGUCGGUGAGAAAACCACCCUUCCUUACACGAGUGGGUCGGGGCGGCAAAUGGAAUAGUGAAAUUAAAGACGGUGGCAGAUGAGAGAUGUAAAGAGGAGCUACAAAAGAACACUCUCACGCAAUCGGUCUCGCAUAUGUCGUUCGACGAGUGCAUCUCAAAGCUGUAGCUGAAUGUACAUCUCAAUCACUUUUCCCCUAUUAGGCAAUAGUGCAUUAAAAUUAGCUGUAGCGACACGUUAACACGUAAAACCCCUUCCAGCGUACGUGUGUGUGUGUUUGUGGAAAAAAAAUGCAUCGAAUAGAUGAUGUUAAUGCGAAUACGAAUGUUUAUAACCGUAAGAGACAACAUUAGCUAAUUUAGGCACGGACAAAAGGCAAUUUGUUUGUACGUGCAAGAUAAAAGGUAUGUUACUAAGCUAAGAAGCAAAAUAAGAAGAAAAAGAUUGUAAAUAAACAACGGUAGGAUUACUUUAGUGCAAAUAUUUCAAGAAAAAAAAACACAUAAAGCAAAACUAAGCAAAAAAGAGGAAAACAAAAUAUUGCACACUGCGCACUGCAUGGUGAAGCUGUAUGCAAAUUAAAUGAAAAGUGCAUAGACAGAACAAGAAAGUGCGAAGGAAAGAGCAAAAGCAAAACAAAAAGUAAUUAAAAGCCUUAAUGUUUAAACAACAACAAAAAAAAAGACAAAAGUUAGUUUAAUCAAAGAUGUGACAAGAAUAAUCUCAACGAAACGAGGGACAAAACAAAUGUGAAAUUAAUGCGAGUGGGGGAGAGUGUACAAUACCGAGAUGACGAGAAUUUGCGUAAUCAUUUAGCUGCUUAUCUCUUCCUUACACUGUGUUCGUGCUAUGGAUUAGAAAUUAAUUUCAACAAAUGGUAACGAAAAACGUUUUUUUCCUCUUCUCUUUUUUUUCUCUCUCUGCUUCGGUUUCUAUGUUUUGUGUUGUGCACUUUAAAAGCACAAAACAAACGUAACCGCUGACAGAAGAAAAGACAUUUAUAACCGUUCUCUAUUGUGAUAACUAACCUUCUUAACGUUAUCUUGUGUCCGAUUGUAUCUCGAAAACAAACGUCUAACACAUUCGUUCGUUCUUCAGCUCACACUGCCUAAGGGAUGAUUUAGUUGUUUUGUUCUUUGCUCACAAGAAUGUUUAUCUUUGUACAAAAGAAAACGAUCAGAACGAUUACGUCAGAUUCCAAUUUACGAAGAGAUUAAGCUACGAAUUGUGUUCUUUUUCAAUACCGUUUUUUCUUCCACCUUUUUUUUUUUGUAAAUGUCUAGCUCGAAUACACCUAUUAUAAGUUAACUAUUCAACUACGUAGAAACAGUAUGAUCUUUUGCAGCGUGAUCUUUAGAUUUGUAUGUGCAUUAGUUUAAGAAUUAGCAUUUUAAUUAAACACAUUCAUUUGCCGGUGUGCUUUCGUUCCAUUACAUCGACUGGGCCAGGACUGCUGGACUCACAGCAUAUAUCGUGCAACUGUACUGAGCAAACGACGAGUUGCUUUUGUGUAUUCGCUUAUCGUAAAUUAGCAAAAUUGUCCUUCAAAGCACUGUCUUUUGAUUUCGCAAACUCUCCGGUUAGUGUUUAAUACUGUACAUGUGUUGAUGCGUGAUCGUUUUUUUUUGUUGGCGACUAUCGUUUUGGUUCUUUGUAAGAUUAAGAUGCUAUAUCGUAACCCACUCAUGUGAAAAGCUCUCCGAUUUUAGGGGAGUUGCAAAUUUGAGGUGCUUGCAAUGUAACGAGUGUGUUGUAAAAAACAAAAACAUCCAUUAAAAAGGUGUGAUGAACGUAAAAUUCCUGUCCCAAAACAAAAGUACGAAGAUAUUGAAAAUACUCUAUAAUCAUGAAGCUACGAAAUUGUAUAGAAAAACAUAAGUACAUCGUUGAUUUUUGAUACCAGCACACACACACAUCCACACAAAAAACAUAAACCACCCCUUGCGAAGAAUUGUAAUCCUUCUAAUUUAAAAGGGUCGAUGAAAUCGCACAUGCCUUAGUUUCGUUUUGCGUUUUUUAACGUCCUUGUUGCGUUAAAUAUGAGGGAAGAGGGGGCGGGUGGUUGCAAAAAAACUGUUGCUUAAUUGCUUUGUUAAUGUUGUUGAAUGCACUACUACUGUUUGGCUGAUAUCUACUUCUAAUACUACGACUAGAACCACUACUAUUUAACUACCGUUUUUGGCAUACCUGUGUACGCAAACGAGCACAAUGGGCGCUUGAAACAAUGGAAGAAAUCAGUUAGAAUCGACGACAAAUAUCGAAAUUAAUCAACCAAAAACAUCUUCCCAACAUUCAACAAAAAAUGGGCGAUGUGUGUUUUGCACAAAACUAUCAAAAAUUAAAAUUCUGAAGUGCACCAAGUAUCAUUAUCGCGGCCAUUCCUAACUGAAUUUUGCAUUACUUGUGAGCAGUUAAUCAUUAGUUGAUCAUACACACCCUGGAUACACACUCAAGAGAAGGCAAACAAAAAACAGAUCAUUUUGAAAGUGUUAAAAUUUAGCAAAAACAACCCCCGAUACGCGCACAGAUAGCAAUAUCAAUCCAAAACUAUGUUAGAGAAAAAAAAAGUUUACAAGUAAAUUAAAUUGAUCGUAAGUCAACAAAAGCUACCGUUUUUGGAUAGAAUGCA